CAAAUGCACUAUUGCUUCGUACACUGAAGAAGUUAAAAACCGCUGAAGAUAAAAUUCAAAUCUUAGAACAUGAAAGGCAGGCACUGCAAGAAGAAACUGAGGUUCUUCGGAAUAACAAAAGGGGCAUUUUAAAGGAAUGUGCAAGUCAGGAGAAAACAAUAACGACACUGGAGAAGGAGAGGCAGCGCUUAAGAGACAGAAUUGAGGAACUUGAAAACGAGGUUGAAGAACUGAAAAAGGAAGUGCUAGAUCUAGAAGGAUAUAUGUCGAAAAUAAAGGCGAUUGAAUGUGGAAGUGAUGAAGCAGGAAUAAUGAGUUUGACAGAUACAUUACACACAAGACAGUUUGAAAAGGAGAACGCUGAUUUAGUGGAGAAAACGAAAACUCUGACAAAAGAAAAUGAAAGCUUCAAAACAGAGUGUAAGCAACUACGGUAGGAGGGUGAACAAUUAAAAAGCAUCCUUAAGAUUUUCCAAGAAACUCGGAUUGAAAGCGAUAACGCUUUACUAAGUCGCUUUUCAAUGCAAAAGGAAUGCAAAAGUCCCGAUAAAACAAUGUUGAUAAUUGAAAUGGAUAAACAGCAAUUAAGAGACAAAAUUGUACAGCUGGAAAUUGAAGUUAAAUCACUAAGAGAGAUAGUGAUAAACCUUGAAGAAAAGAUGUCAACGAUAAACGCUGUUGAAUGUGAACUUGAUGAAACAGACAGAAUGAGUUUAACAGUUGGUACAAUGCACAACAGGCAACUUGAACAAGAGAACGCAGAUUUAAUGGAAAGAACGACAACUCUGACAAAGGAAAAUCAAUGCUUUAAAAAAGAGACUAAGCAACUAGAGGAGGAACGUGAACAUUUUGAAAGCAUCAUAAACAUUUUUCAACAAACUGGAAUGGAAAGCGAUAAAGCUUUACUCAGUCGCAUUUUAAAGGGAUGUAAAACUCACGAGAAAACGUUAUCGAUAUUGGAGAAGGAGAGGCAACGGUUAAGACACACAAUUGUAGAGCUUGAGAAUGAGGUUGAAGAUCUGAACGAAGAAAUUUUAGACCUUACAGAAAAUGAGUCGACGAUAGAGGCAGCCAAAUGUGCCAAUAACACAGCAGAAAAAAUGAGUUUGACAUAUGAAACAAUACACAACAGGCGACUUGAAAAAAAGAACGCAGUUUUGAAAAAGACAAUGAAAACUCUGACAAAUGAAAAUGAAAACUGCAAAAUAGAGAAUAAGAAACUACAGAAGAAACGUGAAUAUGUUAAAAGAAUCAUAAAGAUUUUCCAAGAAACUCGAAUUGAAAGUGAUACAGCCUUACUCAGGAAACACUUUACGCUUAGGGUCAAUCACAUUUUGAAUAUCUGUAUUCACAUAGAUGAAUGGAUAACCAUCGCAACGGCUUUAAAACAUGGUAUAACACUUGAUAGGUCGACAGCUUUUGCACAGCAGGGGAUAUACCGGAUACCAUUUGUUACUAGUUGUUGUUUGCUCUAAUCGUGAACGUUUUUCAUGUGUUCAGUUAUGAGUAGCGA